CAGCCGCCGAUAUCCAUAUAAAUAGGCUGGUCACCGGUCGUAUUGCAGUUCAGUACUCGAAGCGGAGCACUUCUUUCCAAGCCAUGUCAGUCAUAGGAUUUAUCAAUAGCCUUCUGGUUGCCCUGCUCCUUUUCCUUGCCGCCGUCUCCGGUUCCCCGGCUCGUGGAUAUUACCAGCCUUCAACGCGAGGCGGUCGCAGCUACACGGAUAUCGCCAGAGUCGUUAAUCCCAAUCAAUACGCCUUCCCUGGAUCUCGCCCUUACCCUGGACAACCUUUCUGGCCAUCAGGAUAGGACUCACACAUAGUUUUGUAUUAAGAAAUGUUCUCAGGAAAAGCUAGACAAUGAACUGUAAUAUUGUGUACAGGAAAAUAUUCAAUAGUAUUAAGGUUAAGAUUAGCACCAAAAACAGUGCUACCAAAACUAAUUAAUAAUUAAUCUAGUAAAUGUUAUAAAGAAAAUACAUAAAGGUUUUUUUUCUUCUUUAAUCAAUUAUUGUACCUUUGGUUUUCAUAUUUUCCUGUCAUUACCAAUGAUUCGAACAGAGUUAAUGAAUAAACUGCAUUAGCUAGUCACGCCUACUUUGACUGGUUUUGUCCACCUAUGAAAAGUUUAUAACCACAAAAAAUCAUGAAUACUAUCCAGAAAGAUAAAGUU